GCUACGGUGAUCACUGUGCGUGCGUUGCUGACAGGACCCAGCUGACUGGACCCUCUUUUUCUGUAAUUUCUACUGGCUGCAAGCUGCAUCGGAAGGACCCGGGGAGACCCUCAAGCUACGCAAUGGACAAGCUCUUUAUCUCUGGAGAAAGGAACUGUGUCUCUAAUCAUUUUACUGAAUUCUGACGUUAUCUCAAGUUUAAUUCUGAAUUCACAGGAGGCAGUGACCUUGGAAGAUGUUGCUGUGAACUUUACCAUGGAGGAAUGGGCUUUGCUGAAUCCAUCCCAAAAGAAGCUCUACAGAGAUGUGAUGUUGGAAACAUUUAUGAAUAUGACUGCUAUAGGAAGGACAUGGGACAACCAGCAAACUGAAGAAGAACGCAAAAGUUGCUCAAAAAAUCUAAGUAAUAAUGAGGUAGCAAAAUGGUAUCAAUAUAAAUCUUGGAAUCAAUAUGGAAACGUAUUUCUUCAGUCUCCAGAUGCUAAUGUGGACAUGCAACAAGCUGCUUUACAACCAGCUGAAAGCCUUGCUUGUAGAAGGCCCCUAAUAGGACAUUUAUUGCAAAAUGUGCCCAUUUUACCUCACAUUGGCCUGAAACUAGAUGAGUAUUUGGUAUUGCAUGACAAACUGAGUAAAUGUAGUAAACAUGGAGAAAGCUGCAAUGAUUUCCAGUCCUUUCUGAAUCACACAGUGACAAAGACUGGAGAAAAAUGCUGUCAAUAUGAGCAAUGUGGGAAUACCUGCUCUGAAGGUAGUAAAAGAACUCACCCUGGAGAGAAGACCAUUGUAGCUAAAAAAAGUGUUAAAGCGUCUAAUGGUGUUCAGAUCCAUGAAAGUAUUUAUGCUGGUAAGAACCCAUAUGUAUGCAAGCAAUGUGGGAAGACUUUCAGUACUCAAAAUUCAUGUGAAAGUCAUGAAAGAUUUCACAUUGAAGAAGAAACCUACAUAUGCAAGCAGUGUGGAAAAGGAUUUGUUGAUAAGCCUGCAUUUCAUAGGCAUAGACAAACACAUACUGGUGAAAAACCUUAUGUGUGUAAGCACUGUGGGAAAGCAUUCAGUACACACAGUAAGUGUCAAAGACAUGAAAGAAUUCACACUGGGGAGAAACUAUAUGUAUGUAAGCAUUGUGGAAAAGCAUUUACUACAAAGAAUUAUUAUAACAUACAUGAAAAAAUUCACACAGGAGAAAAACCUUAUGUUUGCAAGCAAUGUGGGAAAGCAUUCACUAUGCAGAUUACCUGCAAAACACAUGAAAGAAUUCACACUGGGGAGAAACCCUAUGUAUGUAAGCAGUGUGGAAAAGCAUUCAGUGUACACAGUACCUGGCAACGCCAUGAAAGAAUUCACACUGGAGAGAAAUCCUAUGUAUGUAAGGAAUGUGGAAAAGCAUUCAGCACACCCAGUCACUGCCGAAGACAUGAAAGAACUCACACUGGGGAGAAACCUUACGUAUGUAAACAAUGUGGGAAAGCAUUCACUACACACCGUUUUUGUCAAAUACAUGAAAGAAAUCACACUGGGGAAAAACCUUAUGUGUGCAAGGACUGUGGAAAAGCAUUCAGUAGAAAGAGUUCUUAUAACAUACAUGAAAAAAGUCACACAGGGGAGAAACCUUAUGUAUGCAAGCAAUGUGGAAAAGCAUUUCCUACAAAGAGUUACUGUAACAUACAUGAAAAAAUUCACACGGGGGAAAAACCUUAUGUUUGCAAACAAUGUGAGAAGGCAUUUCCUACACACAAGGAAUGUCAAAGACAUGAAAGAACUCACAGUGGGGAGAAACCUUAUGUGUGCAAGGAGUGUGGGAAAGCAUUCACUACACGCAGAUAUUGUCAAAUACAUGAAAAAAAUCACACAGGGGAGAAACCUUAUGUGUGCAAGCACUGUGGUAAAGCAUUCACUAUACUCAAAUAUUGUCAAACACAUGAAAGAACUCACACUGGGGAGAAACCUUAUGUGUGUAAGCAAUGUGGAAAAGCAUUCACUAGAAAGAGUUCUUAUAACACACAUGAAAAAGGUCACAGAGGAGAGAAACCUUAUGUGUGCAAACAAUGUGGGAAGGCGUUCACUACACGCAUAUAUUGUCAAAGACAUGAAAGAAUUCACACAGGUGAGAAGCCCUAUGCAUAUGAGCCAUGUGGCAAAAGAUUUGCUAGUAAGUCCUCAUAUUAUGUACAUAGAUCUCACACUUUGUAUAUAAGCAAUGCACAGAAAGCAUUCAGUGAAGACAGUUUUUAUCAACUAUACGGAAGUCACUGGGGAGAAAUCCUAUAUAUGUAAGUCUAUUGUGAAAAUUCCUCAUAUAGUACAGACCUGUGGAUAUUAAAUGAAAAAUUUGAUGUCAAUAUUUCUUCAUAAAUUUUCCAGAAAAUACAUUCCCAGAUGAGAUAUCCAAGAAUGUAUUCCUUCUGUGCUUUUCAGUAAAUCACUUGUAAAUAUCUGAACUAUGUUUUUACUAUAAAAAUAUUGACAUAAUAUAUUUUUGUGCAAGCCAUUGUCUUUAAACUAUAAUAUCUUCUAAUUAAACAAGGGGAAUUAAAAUGUAUUUCUCAUUUCCAUGUAGGGUUAGUAUUUAUGUAGUUCUGAUUUUGUUUUGUCUUUACUAUUAGGAGGACUAAGCCACUAAAAAAUAAAAUUUAUUAAUUGUUUUUUAAUU